AUGGGGAAGCAUUGUACUGUGUGUGCCCACUGUGAGGUGGGUUGGGUCUGGAAUGAAGACUUGUACUACAACCCGAACUGCUGGCAUUGCGGAAAGGCGUGGAAAAAGGCCACCUACCGUGAGCGAGCAUGGUCAAGCGAGCGUAAGAAGUGGCAAUGGCCAAAGGACGACGCUACAUGGUGGACAAGACAGGCCAAGAACAAAGAAGGGACGGCCGACCAAGCUCUCACGAAGGCGUGGGGUACGCUUUCUAUGGAGGCAAAGAAGGCCAUCGAAGAAGCAGGAUGGAAGCCGCGGACGAUGGAGCCGGGGCCCAAUUGGCCCCCGGGACUACCGGGCAGUGGAUCGCAAACCGAAAGCAUGACGCAAAAGGAGUACCACGAGGCCAUUGAAACGGUGUGGCAGGGAGCUGAGCCCGCAGUGCAAAGGCUGCUCAGGGCAGCGGGUAUUCCCCCGCCAGGGGAUUACAAGCCUGAGGAUGAGACGCCAAAGCAGGAGCUCAGCCGCCAUGUUGGUACAUACAGAAGGACGACAAACAAGUUGAGAUCACUCAUUGAGAAAAAGGUCCGGCUUCAAGACAAAACGGAAAAGAUCAAGAGCGAGUUCGAGCAGGCCAUGAAGCAGCUUGCGCAAGUCAGCCAGGCCAUCCAGACCACGGAGCUUGAGGUUGCGGAAGCACAGAGGAAGGUACAAGCCUGUGUGAAAGAUGAGGAGGAUUCGCCGUACAAGGACGUCGCAUCCUACCUGGAAAAGGAAGGGAUCAUCCUGACCGACGAGCAAGCGGAAGCGCUCAAAACAAGGAUGGCAGUCAAGGUCGUGGAGACAGACUGGACUGGAGUCUUGGGCCCACGAGAGCCAGGCAUGCCAACCGAACUUGGCAUGUAUGGGCCGAUGCGCAUGUCUCGAGAUGUGUCAGUCAGGGCAACGCCGACGGGGCGCGAACGCUCGCCGGAGUCUCAAUGGGGAGACUCUGUUUACACUUUUGGUGGUGGCCGGAAGCAGUGUCACGGGGACAUUGUAUGGCCACAGGCGCAUGGGGAAGGCAGUCAAGCUGUGUCUAGUACCCAUGUGCCUAGUACAAACAGCACAGUGGAAGACAGCCAAGAGAGCUGGAGUCCAGUUAAGAGGGGUCCGGAGGCUGUCCGAGCUGUGGACAGCAGUUGGGCGGUCACAGGGCCCAGAUACUUCCAUAUAACAAGGGAAGACAUCGAGGAGGAAUGUGAGCAUUCGGCCUCGCGAGAAGCUGAGGGAAGCCAAAUACAGAUGAGAGACCAUGCAGCGGUUAGAGGGGAGAACAUGAAGGCCUCGCAGGAAGCUGAGGAAACACGUUUCUCGGCCUCGCCGUGUGCUGAGGGUCGCAGAGGCAAACAAAAGCCCAAGAAGCGGAAAGCAAAACCCACGAAACCACCAAAAGAUCUGCCAAAGGAGUGGCAAACGCUAUGCCAAGUGGUGGGUAGAUAUGAUGCUUCCAGUGAGGCUGCUGCACUCGAAGCCAUUGAGAAGCUGGAAGAGCAGGAACUCAACCCGCUACAACAACGAGCAUGCCACGAAGUGCUUCGUUCCUUUGUGGAGCAUGACGCACAAUAUGCCAAAUGGAUCUUGGCAGAUGUGGCAAGUGGGUAUCGCCAAGAUGAUAAGGCCGAAUGCAUCAAAAUCACAGCGGCUAACAUCACCAGCUGGAGGAAACCCAUUGCGGCAUGGAUACAUGAACUAGGACCGGACCUGGUGGUGCUGCAGGAAACCCACCUCAAGACGGAGGGUAUCCAGCAAGCCAUGAGCCAUUGCCAAGAUAUGGGAUACACCUUCAUUGGCAUGCCAGGCAGUACAAAAAUUAAGGGUGUACAAGGAGGCCUGGCAGUGGUUGCACCCCGACAUAGGAAUCUGCGAUACCUUACCGAGUAUGGGUCAGGACCGGCGGGCUUCCUGGCAUGUGCCAUGAGAAACAAAGGCUGGGAUUUGAUCAUCGUCAGUCUGUAUUUGGAGAGCGGGGUCGGAUUCCAGGCUCCAAACAAUAUCCAAGUACUGGCGAGACUGAUAGCCUUUCUCAAGGGCUGCAAAGUGCCUUAUAUGGUGCUGGGAGAUUGGAAUGAAGCCCAGGAUACCAUGAGGGGCACAACUAUGGCGACAGAAGUUGGUGGUGCAUUUGUAGGAGUGGGGGAACCAACGGCCCAAGGAUCGGACGAAAUUGAUUACGGGUUGGUUGCGAAAUGCUUGGUGCCCAUCCUGCAAGUGAAAACGGAUUGGGAAACCCCUUUUCGGCCUCAUGCUGCGAUGCAUUGGAGGGUAGCCCAACCGUGCAGUAGCCCUGAUGUUCCCCAGAUGAAGAAGGCGGGAGCAUUGGUGACGGAGACUGCGGAAUACGAACCAGUUCAAAACACACAGAGCAUCAACAUCCUGGAUGAACCCAAGAUGGAAGAUGAGCUCAGUGAGACAUUCGCUCACCUGAGUGCCGGGGUGGAGAGGUCGAUCACAGGCCGAAUCGAAGGCAUGGGUGUUAAAUCCGAGAUUGUCCGGAAGAAGUUGGUGGUCAACAACCCGGAGAACGUUGUCUGGACAGGCAAGAGGGCGGCCUUUUGGAACAGGGUCCAACAAUGGGUCAAACAAGGCAGACAUCAUGGCGAUGCGCAUCCGGUGGCGCGCCUGGUCCAACGUAGGCUCGGCGAGUAUUACGAGGGUGAUGCUCAGAACCAGGAGGAUAUGCUCGUGAAUAUCCUGGGCCGGGGUACGGACACUAGACUUGUUCUGAAGCGCAUCGACGAACAGCAAUGCUACGCGAGAAAGGCGGAUAUGGAAGAGACAGCCCACCAGUACAAGCAAUGGCUCAGCAAGGCCAUGGAAAAGGGCAUGCGACCAUUAUACAAUGCCUUGCGAAAAGAAGAACAAGUGGUACAAAGACCCUACAUGGAAUAUGACAUGCUGGAACGGCCACACAUUCGCCGAGACCACUGGGCGGCAGUGUGGACGACGGGCCAGCCGUUGGCAAAAUCGGCCUCGCUCAUGACGGAGCUCGAGGCCAAGGCAGCCUGGCCGCAGCAAAUGACAGUCUCCCUUAUAGCAAUGCUGCCGAAGAAUCUGACCCGGGAAAGACCAAUUGCUUUGCUACACAUCCUGUACAGGACCUGGGUCCGUUUGCGAUGGGAUCUGGUAAGUACUUGGCAGGCAGGCUAUGCCCAAACUGCCACGUAUGACAAGGCAGUCCCAGGCAGUUGCUGCUUGGACGUGGCUGUAGGCAGACUACUGCGAAAUGAGGUGGCGAAGACAAAUGGUGUGCAUGUGGUGUCACUCUUUGUGGACCUCGAGUCCUUUUUCGAUACCAUCCAAUUUCAGCAAUUGAUCACGGCAGCAACGGCCCUGCAAUAUCCACCGCUAAUCCUGAAGAUGGCACUGGAAGUGUACAUGGGUGCCAGAUAUUUGGUGGCGGAUGGGGUGCUGUCGGCAGGCAUCAGAGCCACGAAUGGCGUGCAAGCAGGGUGUCCAGCUGCGCCAUCGUUGGCAAAGGUGGCAUUGCACCCGGUGAUAGAUAAGAUCCAAAGGCGACGAGAUGUGGCAAACGUGGAUUGUUGGUUGGAUGAUGUCUCAAUUGACAUCCAGCAUAAGUCCUUCAAACAAGUUGCGGAUAGUGCGAUACGAGUCUACCGCAGCUUAAAGGACGGGAUGGACGCUAAUGGUUUCACGAUUUCAUCCAAGAAGACAGGGUUUGUGGCCAGCAGUACCCAGGCGAGCAAGCACCUGCGAGAACUCCUGUUGCCUCAUGAGCCACAGGUGUACGACGUGAUGCGUGACUUGGGUGUCGACAGUACAGGGGGGCGAAAGCGUCGCUUGGUGACGUCGGCAACGCGGGCCAAGAAAGCCCAUGCGCGACAUAGCAAACUGUCCAGGCUGGGGCCGCCGCCCAGCACUAAACUCCGCGUGGUCAAGGCAGCGAUCACAUCCGUUGCUUUAUGGGGGCACCCCUCUGUGGGGGUAUCACCUAAAAGAAUGAAAUGGCUCCGAACCGUGGUAGGAAAACACCUGGGUAAAUACAAGCUUGGGAGUUUGGAAACCAUCUUGGACAUGGGGGCCAAGAAAUGCCAGGAUCCAAAGCGCACAAUCCACAAGCAGCAUUUCAAGGUGGUGGCCAAGGUUUUCCGUGCAUGGAUUGGUGGCGGAAAAGCCCACUUUGAAUUGGCCUGGAAAACCACUUGGAAGAGGUUGAGUGCGGCCAAACACCACUGGCCACUGGUCACGGGGCCGAUGGCAGCAACCAUGGCGUACUUAAUGGAUCUGAAGGUGGAUGCCAGCGACCCAGGCAAAUGGAAGAGAGGAAGUGUCCUCAACGUUGAUUGGACCCAGCCACGCAUGGGUAGCCUCGCCUACAACUGGCUUGAGGGAUUUCUGGAGGAACAAAAACGGGCUGCAAUAGCGAGACAGGCAGGUGGCGCUGGUGCCCAAGAGGGGCUGGAUUGGACGCCGCAUCACAAGCUGACGAAGCUGGGAGGCCUAAGCCCAGGCCUUAUGGAAGGUAUAAAGUCAGUGUGGCACGCGGGCGUCAUCACGGAAACCAAGCCAGGAUGGUGCAAGAAGUGCCAAAUGCCGGCAACUCUGGAGCAUGUCCUCAAGGAAUGUCCUUACUGGCGUGAACAAGGGUUCAAAGAACCCAAGCUCCAGGACUACUUGCGUCACAAAUACCCAUGGGAGUGUUUGUGGACAAGGGCACUCCUGCCAAAGCCGGCGGUGUGGCACCCGAAGCCGCCGGAACACCUUUUAGGUCUGCGAUACCAAGGAUGCUUUGCAGCUGCUGCAAAAGUGGAAGCGGAAGGCUUGAUCUUCGCCACUGACGCAAGUGGAGGUCCAGGAGGAAUAGACCCACGCGUACAAACAUCAGCCCUUGCAGUGGUGGCUAUGUCCUGGACAAACGAUGUCCUGGUGGAAGUCGGGCGGAUCACAGAGCUGGUCUACCCGUGGCAGCCGGUGGUGGACAUGGAGCGUCGUGCACUUUUCCGACUAAUGGAGCACACGGAGGAUCUGAUUGAUGUCACUAUGGAUUGCAAGCCGGCAGUCCAAGUGCUACAAAAAACACAACCGCCGGAGGAUGACCUGGAAUGGAGCAAAGUGUGGAAUGGCAGGAAACGUAUCAAGGCAACAUGGGUCCCGUCCCACAAAACUGAAGAGGAAUUCCUGGCGAAGAUGGGGCCGGGUACGUUGUGGCGACGUGCAGCGAAUGACAUGGCAGACAAAGUAUGUGGAGCAGUGGCGGCGGCUGCUUACAGCCCAGCGCACAAGAGGCGUGUCAAAGAAUUGGACAAUGUGGUGCGCACACUUUCCCUGGCGUACGGGGAACGCGCAGCCCACAUAUUGCGGAAGCGCAAAGAAGAAGACUUCCCCUUCAUCCUGGACCAUGCGCAUUACAAAGAGAAGAUGGAAGCCUCGCAGAAAGCUGAGGGAUGCAAAAAAGAGCAGGGCAGCGCCAAACUCAACAAACGCCAGCGGCUUUGGCAGUUGCUUAAAAACCCGGAGCGCGGGCAUCAAUGGGAGAAGGGCAGCGAACACCCCCGGAAUUUAACACUGAAAUGUCAACUGUGCGGGUUGUAUGUACAACAAACCCUCACGAACUUGGAGGUGGUCUUGGAGCAGUACUGCGUCAACCAGCCGGAGGCGCGAGUGCGUGAAGAGUGGGGUAUCCACCCCUCCCAUAAUAUGGUGAAUUUGGGAAUCCGUUGGGUUUGCACAAAGUGUGACAGAACACAUGCACCGGUCAGCCAGAAGUGCAAUAAAAGCCUGGCGGGUGAGUGCAAAUCGCGGACUUCUCAAGGCAAGCUGGCUACCCAAGCGCAAACCCUUGUCAAUGGUGGAAGUAUGAGCAACGUCCAGUUUCAGCAGCCUCGCGUUCAGUUUGGUGGGAAACACGCCAAAGCUAAGCCCCAAGCCAGCGCACAGCAGAAGAU